AGUAUAUACACGUCGGAUAUUGUCCUGUAUGGCCUAUAAUAAGCCUUGUAUUUAAUGGAAAUUCCUUAAUUAGCUAGCAAAAGGAAGAGUACAAGCGAUCAUCAAUUCAGCAUCUCCUUGUUUUGUUCAUCACAUAGUAGUAUUAGUAUAUGCUAGUAAAAGUUCUUUCUGGUAUUCCACUCCACUCCACUCCACUCCACUACUUAGCUUAUACCUAGAGAAUCAAUGGCUGUGAGAUACUCGAUUUCUGUUUCUGCUCCCAUCAUCAUCCAAGAAUCUGCUUCCAGAAAGCCUGCGAGCAUAGUGAUGAUGAGUGCAGAGAAUCACAUAUCAGUCAACAGCACUGGAAGUAGUAUUAGUACAACGCCCUUUCAGAUCAGAUCACCUACAAGAAACAAGGUUUUUGAGGAUCCAUCCAAUGGAAUCGUCUGUUACAGAGAAGAAAAUGGGGAGAUAACAUGUGAAGGAAUCGAUGAAGGUCCUCGUCUACACCAUCUUUCUUCAAGAUUCACUGCUGUUAAUCAAAGAGAAGCAGAGAUCAUUGACCUACUGGAAAGAAGUUUGCUUCAAGUGGUGGACAGUGACAAGACGUAAUUAGGCAAAGGCUGAGACAGGACACGGUGCCGCGGCGAGGCAACAGCAUCAAUCCGGACUGUAAUAAUCGAUGGCUGCUUCCUUCAUCUCAUUCUUCUGCUCAAUCCUCAGUUUCUGCAUAAAACAUAAUACUUGUAUAUACGGUCUUACACCCGAUUGAUCCUUGGGUUAUGUGCGAUGAAACUGACCAGCAAAGAUCAACAAAUUCUGGAUGGUCCGCUUUGUUGUAAAGAUAGAAUGUUGGCCUUUCAAUAUCACGGCCACCAUGGUAUUAGCAGCUGGUAUAACCUCUAAUAAUUCGACCCUCCUCGUUGGUAUUUACAAUAUCUAUUUAUUUAUGUCCCUUCCCCUGCAUCCUCGAUCCCAAAACGGCAUACCUACACGCCAUACUGAUAAAGAUUUCCUUUGUCACGCUCUGCACAUCAGAAGGGGUCAUCUAGGCCAGUUUUUGUCCCUGAUGGUGCUUUGUUUCCAUCGUCAUUCUCACCUAUAUCGCCAGCUGAGUAUUGAUUAUUCACAGGGAGCAUUCAAUCGAGGGAAAAAGAUUAAACAAGAGACACCGAGAUAACAGACCACCAGUCGCUUCAGUGAUGGGCACCGGCACCCAGAGCUUCAGUGAUGGGCACCGGCACCCAGAAGUUGGUUUCUACUUACUGCUAAUCAAGAGAUAUGCACAAGAGAUAGAAAAACUUAUUUGAAAAUAAUAAUUAUGGCACUUUCUCUGGUAGUACCAUAUAUUCAUUCGAGAUUUAAAACA